CAUGGACCAAAAGAUUCCGUACGAUGAUUAUCAACUGCCAGUAGUGUUUCUUCCUUCCUAUGAGAGCCCUCCUGCAUGGAUCCCUCCACAAGAGAGGAUACAACACCCUGACUACAACAAUGAACUCACUCAGUUCCUACCUCGCACUAUAGUGUUAAAUAAGCCCCCUGGUGCACAACUGGGCUUCAAUAUCCGUGGAGGAAAGGCCUCACAGCUUGGUAUAUUUAUUUCAAAGGUGGUGCCAGAUUCAGAUGCCCACAGGGCAGGACUGCAAGAGGGCGAUCAGGUGCUUUCUGUCAAUGAUGUGGACUUUCAAGACAUUGAGCAUUCAAAGGCUGUGGAGAUUUUAAAGACUGCAAGAGAGAUUUUGAUGAAGGUUCGAUACUUCCCUUACAACUACCAGCGGCAGAAGGAGAGGACUGUACACUAGGUGGCAGAGCUGACCUUCAUGACUGCACCGGUGCAGUGACGCAGCUGAUGAGGCGUUGGUGUGUCUGUGAAACCUUUAGCUGCCCUGCAUCAUCUUCCUCCCACUAACUAUUUUCUGACUAAGAGACUGCUCAAAGAAAUCAUCUUCAAACACUUCACGACAUGCCUGAUGAUUCACAGCUUCGCCCAUAGUGGUGGUUUUGAGCUGUGCCAGUUUUGAAUGCAGCUGGCGAAAUUCUCAAAUACUUUCCCCUCUUCUCUGUUUUCUCAUCAUUUCCUUUCCUCUGGGGAAAAUAAGCAUAUUCUUUGAGAUACACUAUAUUGCCAAAAGUAUUGGGACACCCCUCCAAAUCAUUGAAUUCAGGUGUUCCUAUCACUUCCAUGGCCACAGAUGUAUAAAAUCAAGCACCUAGACAUGCAGACUGCUUCUACAAACAUUUGUGAAAGAAUGGGUCGCUUUCAGAACCUCAGUGAAUUCAAGCAUGGUACUUGAAGUAGGUUGCCACCUGUGCGAUAAGUCCAUUUGUGAAAUUUCCUCACUACUAAAUAUUCCACGGUCAACUGUUAGUGGUAUUAUAACAAAGUAGAAGCAAUUGGGAACAACAGCAACUCAGCCACAAAGUGGCAGGCUACGUAAAAUCACAGAGUGGGGACAGUGCAUGCUGAGUGCAUAGAAGUUGCCAACUUUCUGCAGAGUCAGUAGCUACAGACCUCCAAAUUUCAUGUGGCCUUCAGAUUAGCUCAAGAACAGUGCGUAGAGAGCUUCAUGCAAUGGAUUUCCAUGGCUGAGCAGCUGCAUCCAAACCUAUAUCACCAAGUGCAAUGCAAAGUGUCAGAUGCAUUGGUUUAAAGCACGCCGCUACUGGUCUCAAGAGCAGAGGAGAUGAGUUCUCUGGAGUGACGAAUCACACUUCUCUGUCUGGCAAUCUGAUGGACGAGUCUGGGUUUGGCAGUUGCCAGGAGAACGGUACUUGCCUGACUGUAUUGUGCCAGGUGUAAAGUUUGGUGGAGAGGGGAUUAUGGUGUAGGGUUGUUUUUCAGGGGUUGGGCUUAGCCCCUUAGUUCCAGUGAAAACUGUCUAUAAAGACAUGGAUGAGCAAGUUUGGUGUGGAGGAACUUGACUGGCCUGCACAGAGUCCUGACCUCAACCUGAUAGAACACAUUUGGGAUGAAUUAGAGCAGAGACUGCAAACCAGGCCUUCUCGUCCAACAUCAGUGCCUAAACUCACAAAUGCACUUAUUGAAGAAUGGUAAAAAAAAAAUCCCUUAAACAGAUUGCCAAACCUUGUGGAAAGCCUUCCCAGAAGGGUUUAAAGCUGUUAUAGCUGCAAUUACGGGCCAACUCCAUAUUAAACCCUGCGCAUUAAAGGGAUACUCCAUCGCAAAAUGAAAAUUUUGUCAUUAUUCACUUACCCUCAUGUCGUU